UUCUCACUCCACCUUGUCUUCUUUCCUAAUUUCUUCUUACACUUAAAAAAAACGAAAACAAAAACAAAAAAUCAAAACAAAACAAAACAAAAACAAAAAUGGCCUCAAGAGCACCUUUCAACGCAACGGCGAGGCCGCCGACGGUGACGGCGGCGCAACGAUCCCCAUGGCAUUCGCCGGUGCCAUACCUCUUCGGCGGCCUGGCAGCGAUGCUCGGCCUCAUCGCCUUCGCUCUCCUCAUCCUCGCCUGCUCCUAUUGGAAGCUCUCCGGCUACCUCGACGGCGGCGACGGCGCCGGCGACCGGGACCUGGAGGCCGGCGACGGAAAAGGCGACGACGAGAAGAAAACGCCACCGGUUUUCGAGGAAAAGAUCUUGGUGAUCAUGGCGGGCCAGGCCAAGCCGACGUUCCUGGCCACCCCGGUAUCGAGCAGAACGUCGUCGUUUGGAGAUAGCAGCACCAACAAUGGAAGCUGUGUUUGUCAGAACAGCGAGAAGUCCGUGGAAAUGACGGAGCCCGAGAAGAGACAUGAGAUCAACGGCGGUGAUUCAGCCGCUGCCGGUGAUGAUCAUCGAGAACAGCGUGAGAACAGGGAGAAUUCAGAACAGAGACAACAACAAACCCAUUAGCUUAAAUAUUGUCUCUGUUUUUUUGUUUUUUUUUUUGGUUUCUUUAAUGAGUUAAAUUUGACGAGAAAUUAGGCUUGUGUAACAGAUUUUGCUUAGAUUGGCGUGGUUUCUCUCUCUCUCUCUCUCUCUCUUUCUCUCCCGUUUUUUCCUCUUCUCGGGACCUGUAAAUUCAUUUGAGAAUGAAAUGC